AUGUCUAACACAUUCACUAAUUCUGCAUUGGCAAAUGGUUCCCGAAAAUAUAAAAAAAGCGCGAAGAAUGAGACUGUGUCGUCUCUGACAGUAAAUAAUAACAGCAAUAACAGUAAAAACCACAAUAAUAUUGGUAACGUAUUUGAGCCAAUGGAUAUUGACGACGUGCAAGCUAAACGGCAAACUGGUGGAAUUGUGCCUUAUCAAAUUCGGGACAAUUCAACGAUAAAGUCAUCGUUUGGAAGUAAUGGGUCAAAUACGGUCAAUACUACUACUAAUAGUCACUUAAACCAGCAGCCAAAUGAACUGGAUCUCACACUAUCAAGAACAUCGUUAGAUCGUGAGGUCGUUUUAGCCGCAGCACAACUAUUUCAAUUCGCUAAUCAGGCAUAUCGUCAUGCUGCCGUCAGCAAUGCUGGUGGAUAUUAUCUUCACCAAUCUAAUAAUUCAAACAGCUCCGAAGAUAUGGUCCCACGCCCAAGUGCAAUGUCAUUGUCAAAUCUUUUGUUGCCGUCUUCAUCAGAUGAAUCAGGUGCUGCCGCCGCCGCCGCCUCUUCAUCACAACCUGCGAAAAGUAACUAUUUUCUGACUAUGAAUAUACACCCAGAAACCUUUGGCAUCGCUCCAACAACGUCCGCUCCUAUAGAGCAGCACGGUUUUUAUCCAUAUAGUCAAAGUGGCGGGAGUGCAUUGGGGAUCGCAGGAGAAGAUUACUGUUUGGUAGCCGCCGAUACGCGACAAAGCCAAGAUAGCUACCUGAUUGGUUCCCGCUAUGCUCCCAAGGCUUUUAAAUUAACAGAUACUUCUGUUAUAGCAGUUGUUGGCUUUCCAGCUGAUGGUGUAUCAUUGGUCAAGAGACUUCAAAAAAGCAUAGAGUGGUACAGACAUAAUCACGAAAAAACAAUGUCCACAGCUGCAAUCGCUCAAAUGCUUUCGACAAUAUUAUAUAGCAAACGAUUUUUUCCUUAUUACAUUUUUACUAUAUUGGGUGGAUUGGAUGAAAAUGGUCGAGGCGUUAUAUACUCGUAUGAUCCCGUAGGAUCGUUUGAACCCCAGAUAAACAGAGCUAUUGGUACAGGAGCUGAGCUCAUUCAACCAUUCUUGGAUAAUCAAGUCAGCUUCAAAAACAUGCCAAAAGCUGAACGUUCUCGCUUACCAUUAGAUCUGGCACUCCACAUUACAAAAGAUGCAUUCACAUCCGCGACUGAAAGAGACACCUUGACCGGAGAUUAUCUCGAAACAUUUAUUAUUACCAGAGAGGGAAUCAAUAUUGAGAGAUCUGAUUUGAAGAAAGACUAA